GCGAGGUUUCCCAGGGGGAAGAGGAGGCCAGGAGGAAGGGACCUGCCGAGGAGGCUUUGUCUUUUCACCCAGAGUUUGAAGAUGAAGCUUGAUCUUGUCAUGACUCAGGGCUGCUGCUGACUGCAAUGGCCGCUGGAGGUGGCAUCCCGGGGGAGAUAGUGUAAACAGCAUUGUGCACUGGCCACCUUUGGCUGAGCCCCCUGGAGAGGUGGUGGAGGCAACUCUGACCUGCUUCAGUCCAGGUUGGCUGGUGGAGUGGAGCCAGGACCCAGGUGGAAAAGACUGAGGUCUGGGAGAGCUGUUGGCCCACCACUGGGAGGUCCACACUGGGCCAGCACCACCACAUGGCAGGAAGGGUAAGGCCUAGGUGAGCCCAGCCCACAGAGGGGCCCACGGUCACGGCGAUGGGCCUCUCCCCACAAGCUGCUCGCCAGAGAGCCCUGCCAGUCUUCAUCCUUGUGUCAGAGCCCUUCAUCCACACAGCCAUCCAUCCAACCAACCUGUGUGAGACAUCCCAGGAGAGCUGCAAGGCUGAGCCCAGAGUCUUGUCCUCUCCAAGGCUCCUGGAGGACAACCCAGAGCCCCCAUCCCAGCAACUACAGGGCACCAGUUCAGGGGGCAGCCAGUCCCUCGGCAACCCUGACCUCUCCCAUGGGCCCCUGGUGGCCCUGGAGUACCUGCCCUUCUUCCGCACCUACGGGCAGCUCCUGGCUGAGGAGGAGUUGGCCCCACAGCCUGAGGUCUUCAGGGACCAAGGAGGAGACCAGAGUGUCAGAGAGGAGGACUCAGAGCUGCCCGGCGGCUUCUUCCCUUACUAUCGCUCCAAGGAGGAGAGUUUCCCCAGCCUGGCCCUUCCUGGCCGGUCAUGGGCAGGCUCCCAUGACCCUCCCACCAGGAGAGAGGUGCCAGCCUGCUGCACAAUGACAAUCAUCAAUGACUGCUCGGCUGGCCCAGCAGAGGCCCUCCCUGAGACCUUACCCCUUGCCAUUUCCUGCAACCUCGGGUGCUAA